AUGCCUUUUGGUCUUAAGAAUGCUGGCGCCACGUUCAUGCGCAUGAUCCAGAAGUGCCUGUUCACUAAAAUCAGUCAGAACAUGGAAGCAUACAUGGAUGAUAUCGUGGUCAAGUCAAGCAAGAGUUCCAACCUGCUGACUGACCUCGCUGAAACCUUUGCCAAUCUAAGAAGAUAUGACAUCAAGCUUAAUCCGUCCAAAUUUAAUCAGGUGAUGAAGGAGUGGGAUAUCAGGAGCCCUGCCAUGACUGGAUACUGCAAUGCAGUAAGGAAAGUGGAAAAGAAGUUCGAAGGGUUGGAACUCCACCACAUACCUCGACUCAAGAAUCAAGCAGCUGAUGAUCUGGCGAAAAUAGGUUCCACUCGAAAAUCUAUUCCCAGUAAUGUGUUCUUGGAGCAUCUCCACACCCCGUCAGUGCAAGAAGAUACCUUUACAGAGGAGCCCCCGCAACCAAUAAGUGCUACCAAUCUGACUGAAGUCGAAGCGCCAGCAGUAGUCGACUUAAUCCUGGAGAUUUUGGUAAUCACCCCCGACUGGACGGUGCCGUAUAUUGCAUAUCUGCUCAGGCCGGAGCUUCGAGAGGAUGAAGUUGAAGCACGUCAGAUCAUCCGCAAGUCGAAAGCCUUCACAGUUAUAGGCGGACAACUUUUCAGAGAAAGUGUUACUAGCAUAGCUCAGCGAUGUAUCUCUCCAGAAGAGGGUCGACUGAUCUUGAAUGAUAUUCACUCGGGGACAUGUGGUCACCAUGUGUCCUCCCGGACCAUCGUGGCCAAACCAUACCGAGCAGGAUUCUACUGGCCGCGGGCAAAUGAAAUGGCGAAAGAGAUCGUCGAGAAGUGCGAAGAGCAUUCUGCGCUUCCCAAGGACUCGGUCGAUUACGCGUCCAUUGCGCACCCGCAGUUGAAUGGGCAAGCGGAAAGAGCAAAUGGUCCCGAUUGA